AUGCAUAUCAAAGUUGACCAGUGGGAUGUUUCCGUCAUUAUUAUUUACUUGAUUGCCUUAUUAGGUGCUGGGAUAUAUUCUUUAUUUGCUCAUCGUCGUGGCACGGUUACUGAUUACUUUUUGGCUGGAAGAUUUAUCACAUGGCUUCCGAUUGGUGCUUCUCUGUUUGCCAGUAAUAUUGGUAGUGAACAUUUCAUUGGUUUGGCUGGUUCAGGAGCAGCUAGUGGGAUAGCAGUAGGCGCAUUUGAAUUGAAUGCGUCAAUAAUAUUACAACUAUUGGGUUGGGUUUUUCUUCCAGUCUACAUUGCUAGUGGCGUGAGUACUCUACCAGAAUAUAUGAAGAAAAGAUUUGGUGGUGAUCGGAUCAAGGUGUAUUUAGCUGUUCUUUCUUUACUGUUAUAUAUUUUUACGAAAAUCUCGGUGAAUUUGUACUCUGGUUCUCUGUUUUUAACAGAAGCCUUACACUGGAAUACAUGGUUGUCAAUUAUUAUUAUCCUUAUUAUAACUGCAGUAAUUACUACUACAGGUGGACUUGCUGCUGUCCUCUAUACUGAUACUCUUCAAUUUUUUAUUAUGAUAUCUGGUGCUACAAUCCUUACAAUACUAAGUUUUAUUAAAGUUGGUGGAUUUCCAGGACUGCUUGCUGCCUAUGGUGGAGCUAUAGCUGAGGUUGAUGCCACGUCUAAAGAAGGCUUACAGCUGAUAACUAGUCUAGGAAUGGCGUUAAAUACAACAAAUUCUACAUCAUUGCUUCAGUUAUCUAAUGAUCCAAGAGUUCCUUCUGGAUUAAGAUGCAGUCUUCCAUCACCUAAAGCAUUUAAAUUGCUCAGAGAAAUUGAUGAUCGUGAUAUGCCAUGGCUUGGUUUCUUACUUGGUCAAACACCAGCUUCUAUUUGGUAUUGGUGUGCUGAUCAGAUGAUGGUCCAGCGGACAUUAGCAGCAAAAAGUCUAUCACAUGCUCAGAGUGCAACACUGAUGACUGGUCUAAUUAAACAACUACCAUUAUUCAUAAUGGUUAUUCCUGGAAUGAUAAGUCGUGUUUUAUAUGCAAAUGAAAUUGCUUGCUUUCCUGGAACUGAUUGUAUGAAAGUCUGUGGUCAUGAAAGUGGUUGUUCUAAUAUGGCAUAUCCUAAACUUGUUAUUGGAUUAAUGCCGUCAGGUCUCAGAGGUUUAAUGUUAGCUGUUAUGUUAGCUGCGCUAAUCUCAGAUUUAACGUCAAUUUUCAAUUCAUCCAGUACACUUUUCACCAUGGAUAUUUAUCGACAAUUUCGUCAAAAAGCACAAAAUAUGGAAUUAAUGAUUGUUGGCCGUGUAUUUGUCGUUGUAUUAGUCGGAUUAAGUGUUGCAUGGGUCCCUAUUAUCCAGCAGUUUCAAGGCAGUCAAUUGUAUAUUUAUAUUCAGUCGACUGCAGCUUAUCUUACACCUCCUAUAGCUGCUGUUUAUUUAUGCGCUGUAUUAUGGAAACGAAGUAAUGAAAAAGGUGCUUUUACAGGCUUAAUGUAUGGAUUAAUUACUGGUUUUAUUCGAAUGAUAUUAGCAAUUGUCUACAAUGAUCCAAUCUGUGGUGAAAUCGAUUCACGUCCAUGGAUUAUUAAAGAAAUUCAUUACAUGUAUUUUGCUGUAUUCUCAUUUAUGUCUACAGCUCUGUUAGUUGUUAUUGUUUCACUGUGUAGUAAACCACCAACGCCUAGUCAAUUGUAUCAUUUAACCUAUUGGACAGCAUGGGAUUCGAACAGUGAAGAUAAGGAUAAUAAUGAUGAUAAUAAUGUGGAUGAGAAUGAUGACAGUAAUAAUAGUAGUAAUAAUCAUAAAAAUGCACUUGAUUCCUUUGAUAUAAAGCCAAGUCAAAUACAAUCGAUUAAUGGUGAUGUCGGGAGUUAUGAUGCACUGACACUACAGUCAAAUGGAUAUGAAUCAGUCUUGCUGUCGAAAUCCAAGUCAAAUACUGAUAGAAAGAAUUCAAGAAGCCUUUUUAAAUCUAUAUUUAUGUGGUUAUGUGGUUUUGAAGAUUGGGUCAGCCCGAAGAAAUCUUCUGCUGCUGCCACUGAUGAUAUUUUGACAGAAUCUGAGAAACUGCAAGCUUUGCGUAAAGCAGAAGAACGCACACAGGCUAGAUUGCAUAAGAUCACAUGUCUUCAUCAAGAUCCACGAGCGAAAUUAGUCCUUCGUAUUGGUUUAAUACUAAUCAUAUUGUUAACUAUCACCGGGUAUAUAUUUUACUCGACUUACUUUGAUGAAAUAUCUAUUGGUCCAUUGAUAGUAACAACUACAACAACAACGAAUCAAACAUCUCCACUGGAACCUCAUCUCUCAGAGUUGAUUGCUUAUCUCCAACGACAUAAUCUAAUAAAAGUUCGUAAUCAAACAUCAACACUACCUUAA